AUGCUCCAGCUGCCGCCCUCCGCCCACUCCGAGCUCAACGCCCACCUGAACUCGGGCGGGUCGUCGGGCGCGAGCUUCACCCUGGACGGCGGCUGCGCCAGCGACGCCGGCGAGGGCGCGGAGCACGUGGAGGGCGAGGUGGGCUGGGUAUGCAAGUCGUGCCGCCUCGUGUUCCCGUCGCCCGCCCUCCUGGCGGCCCACCAGCGCGCCCUCGACCACACCCGCGGCGUCCUGAGACUGACGCAGCUGCUGUACGCGUGUACCGCCUGCCGCCACCACGCCGCCACGCAGGCUGAAUACCGCCGCCACCUGGAGGGGGAGCAGCACCGCUCUGCUGCCGCCACCUCCACAGGAGCUGCGGUGGAGGACGCCGAGGUGGCGGCGGUGGUGCGGCAGAUCACGGCCCUGGCCCAGGCGGCGCACCCGGGCACGGACACCAACGCCAACAUCAACAAGGACAGCGCCGCGUCGACGCCCGGGCCGCAGCCGGCCCCGAGCCAGUAG